AUGCAAGAUGAAGAUAAUAAAACACCUCUCCACUAUGCAAGUGGAAGUGGGCAUCUAGAAAUUGCUGAACUUCUCCUCGAUCGAUCUGCCAACGUGGAUCAUCAGGAUGAAGAUAAUAAAACACCUCUCCACUAUGCAAGUAAUAGUGGGCAUCUAGAAAUUGUUAAACUUCUCCUCGAUCGAUCUGCCAACGUGGAUCGUCAGGAUAAAGAUAAUAAAACACCUCUCCACUAUGCAAGUCAACUGGGGCAUCUAGAAAUUGUUAAACUUCUCCUGGAUCGAUCUACCAACGUGGAUCAUCAGGAUGAAUAUAAUAAUACACCUCUCCACUAUGCAAGUGGAAGAGGGCAUCUAGAAAUUGCUGAACUUCUCCUCGAUCGAUCUGCCAACGUUGAUCAUCGGGAUAAAUUUAAUAAAACACCUCUCAACUAUGCAAGUCAACUGGGGCAUCUAGAAAUUGUUAAACUUCUCCUGGAUCGAUCUACCAACGUGGAUCAUCAGGAUGAAUAUAAUAAAACACCUCUCCACUAUGCAAGUGAAUGUGGGUGUUUAGAAAUUGUUGAACUUCUCCUCGAUCGAUCUGCCAACGUUGAUCAUCGGGAUAAAUUUAAUAGAACACCUCUCCACUAUGCAAGUCAAAUGGGGCGUUUAAAAACUGUUAAACUUCUCCUCGAUCGAUCUGCCAACGUUGAUCAUCGGGAUAAAUUUAAUAGAACACCUCUCCACUAUGCAAGUAGAAAUGGGCAUCUAGAAAUUGUUAAACUUCUCCUCGAUCGAUCUGCCAAGGUGGAUCAUCAGGAUGAAGAUAAUAAAACACCUCUCCACUAUGCAAGUGAAUGGGGGCGUUUAGAAACUGUUAAACUUCUCCUCGAUCGAUCUGCCAACGUUGAUCAUCGGGAUAAAUUUAAUAAAACACCUCUUCACUAUGCAAGUGAAAGGGGGCGUUUAGAAACUGUUAAACUUCUCCUCGAUCGAUCUGCCAACGUUGAUCAUCGGGAUAAAUUUAAUAAAACACCUCUCCACUAUGCAAGUCAAAUGAAGCAUCUAGAAAUUGUUAAACUUCUCCUCGAUCGAUCUGCCAACGUUGAUCAUCAGGAUGAAGAUAAUAAAACACCUCUCCACUAUGCAAGUGAAUGGGGGCGUUUAGAAACUGUUAAACUUCUCCUCGAUCGAUCUGCCAACGUUGAUCAUCGGGAUAAAUUUAAUAAAACACCUCUCCACUAUGCAAGUGAAUGUGGGUGUUUAGAAAUUGUUAAACUUCUCCUCGAUCGAUCUGCCAACGUUGAUCAUCAGGAUAAAUUUAAUAAAACACCUCUUCACUAUGCAAGUCAAAUGGGGCGUUUAGAUAUUGUUAAACUUCUCCUCGAUCGAUCUGCCAAGGUGGAUCGUCAGGAUAAAGAUAAUAAAACACCUCUCCACUAUGCAAGUCAACUGGGGCAUCUAGAAAUUGUUAAACUUCUCCUGGAUCGAUCUACCAACGUGGAUCAUCAGGAUGAAUAUAAUAAUACACCUCUCCACUAUGCAAGUGGAAGAGGGCAUCUAGAAAUUGCUGAACUUCUCCUCGAUCGAUCUGCCAACGUUGAUCAUCGGGAUAAAUUUAAUAAAACACCUCUCAACUAUGCAAGUCAACUGGGGCAUCUAGAAAUUGUUAAACUUCUCCUGGAUCGAUCUACCAACGUGGAUCAUCAGGAUGAAUAUAAUAAAACACCUCUCCACUAUGCAAGUGAAUGUGGGUGUUUAGAAAUUGUUGAACUUCUCCUCGAUCGAUCUGCCAACGUUGAUCAUCGGGAUAAAUUUAAUAGAACACCUCUCCACUAUGCAAGUCAAAUGGGGCGUUUAAAAACUGUUAAACUUCUCCUCGAUCGAUCUGCCAACGUUGAUCAUCGGGAUAAAUUUAAUAGAACACCUCUCCACUAUGCAAGUAGAAAUGGGCAUCUAGAAAUUGUUAAACUUCUCCUCGAUCGAUCUGCCAAGGUGGAUCAUCAGGAUGAAGAUAAUAAAACACCUCUCCACUAUGCAAGUGAAUGGGGGCGUUUAGAAACUGUUAAACUUCUCCUCGAUCGAUCUGCCAACGUUGAUCAUCGGGAUAAAUUUAAUAAAACACCUCUUCACUAUGCAAGUGAAAGGGGGCGUUUAGAAACUGUUAAACUUCUCCUCGAUCGAUCUGCCAACGUUGAUCAUCGGGAUAAAUUUAAUAAAACACCUCUCCACUAUGCAAGUCAAAUGAAGCAUCUAGAAAUUGUUAAACUUCUCCUCGAUCGAUCUGCCAACGUUGAUCAUCAGGAUGAAGAUAAUAAAACACCUCUCCACUAUGCAAGUGAAUGGGGGCGUUUAGAAACUGUUAAACUUCUCCUCGAUCGAUCUGCCAACGUUGAUCAUCGGGAUAAAUUUAAUAAAACACCUCUCCACUAUGCAAGUGAAUGUGGGUGUUUAGAAAUUGUUAAACUUCUCCUCGAUCGAUCUGCCAACGUUGAUCAUCAGGAUGAAGCAAAAUGAACACCUCUCCACUAUGCAAUUCAAAUGAGGCAUCU